AUGGAAACUUCAGAUGGAUUCAUACCCAUUGUUUCCAUUUUCUAUGCUGUAUUCCAUCCUACAGAAGGUACGAAGAUAGUACAUCAAGUUCCUGAACAUUCCAUAUCUUCAAUCCAUAGAAAAUCUCCCAAGAGUUAUACUGGUAAUAAAGAUGCCCAUAAUGCAUUGGGGAAUGGCAUCAACAAUCAGCGUAAUGAUAAUGAUGAUAAUAAAGACGAUGACGAUAAGGAUGGACAAGAUGAUGACAUUAAUCAUAUGACAGAUGAAGAUCAAUCGAUAUCAUUAUUCAAUUUUGAUACAGUUAAGAAUUACGUUAUACCUAAACCUCAACUAUGCAACAAGCUAAUCAGUUUUAAAAUCAAUAAAUUCAAAGUAGUAGGAUAUCCUGUCAAUAUUGAAAAUCCAGAAUACUCCCGUAAUUCAUUCAAUUUUAACUUUUGUUUUGUAUUUCCUUAUGAUUUAGGUGAUGUAACACCUUAUGAAUCUGCUAUUCAAAGAAUGGGUAAAAUGUUUAAAGUUUUAGAAGAACAAAGUUUCAUAUUAAGUAAAUUAGAUAAAGAUAAUUCAUUUUUUAAGAAGAAUAACGUUAACAAUGGUACUAAUAUUAGCGCUAGUGUAAGUGCUAGUAAUAAUAAUAAAAUCAAUAUUGGAAUAGAUUUGAAUUCCUAUCAUACUUCAUCAACAUCAAAUCAAAACCCAACAACCACUCCACCAGUCUCACAGCAUCCUAAUUCAGUUAUAAAUACACCAGGACAUUCAAGAGCUAAAAAGAUUUCCCUUUCAUCGAUUGAAUCAUUGAUUAAUCAAUUAUAUCAAGAUUUGAAUAAUUAUUCUGAAUGUUGUAUACCUUUGGAUAGUUCAAAUUCAGUUGACAUUAAAUUAUUCCCUAUCUUACCACCACCAGUGAAUAUAAAAGCCUAUCAAGUCCCGAUUGCCACCGUGAAGUUAAAUUCUUUAGUUGAUGUUAAUUGGGAUCCAACCAUGAUUAAAAUCUUACCUUAUAUAAAUGGAAUCAAUUCAGUUAAAAAGAUAAGUGAAUUGGCUAAUGCAAAUUAUAUGUUAACUAAACAAUGUAUUCAACAUCUUAUGCAUUAUAAAUGUAUUGAUAUUAUUGAUAUUUUCCAAUUUAGUAAUAUUUAUGCUCCCACUAAUCAUAUUGGGAAUUUCUUACGAUAUGGAGGUAAAAUGGCAGAAGAUUGUCAAUCAUAUGUGAUAACAAGUGAUGUUGAUAUUGAUUCACCAAAUUAUACUCCCAUUAAUAAUAAUUCUCCUUAUAAUACAUUGACUCCUAACAAUGCAUCAUCAGUUUUGAAUAGACCCACACCAAUCUUGACUAAUAAUGGUUCCAUAUCACCAUUUUCAAGACAUCUGCCAUUAUUAUCUCGAUCUCCUCGUUCUUUAGCAAUGUUGAAUGGAAUCAGUGGAGAAGAAAGUUCGAGUAGUGGUGGUGCAGCAACUGCAGGAUCCGCGGUGGGAGGCAUCAAUGGUUCAGCCACGAGAAUAACAGUUGAUAUAAAAGUACCUUCUAAGGCUAAGUUAUUUUAUCUUUAUCGUUCAUUGAAUCAAGGACAAACGGUUAAAGAAUGGUAUGUUCAACAUCGAAAAUUAUUAGUUAAUAUUGAUGUACGAAGAUUUAUAAAUUUCGGAGUAAUAAGAGGAAUCAUAUAUCGAGUUCAUUCAUUUCCUAUUAUGAAUUCAUUCACGAGAUUACUUGAAUCGAAUGAAUAUGAGAAGUAUUCGAAGUUUGUUGAUUUAGUUAAGAAAAAGAAUGAAGGUGAUAGGAAAGGAAAUGGUAAUAAUAGCAGUAGUAAUACUCGAACUCCAAAGAUUAUAAAUGAUAAGGAUUCAAGAUUGCUUAAAACCAGAGUUAAUGAACAGACUUUGAAAACCACUAAAUCAGGUAGAAAAGUAAGUUUUAAUAGAUCAGUGGGGAGACGACCUCAUUCUUUACUUCCUGAUAUUAUAAGUGAAAGUGAUAAAGAUGAUGAUAAUUAUUCCGAUACUGAGAAAUCGAGAAGACGGAAGAAGACGAAUGGAGAUAGAAGAAGAAGAUCAACUUCAUCAUUAAAGAAGAAUCAAUUAGAUAUGAGAGAAGAUGAUAAUGAGAAUGCCUUAGAUAUAUCAGACGACGAAGAAGAAUAUGAAGGUAGUAAUGGACAAAUAUCAGAACAGGGCACGACUAUAGAUGGAUUAGAUGAUUCUAUCCUGGAUCGAAAUUCUGGUUCAGAUCGAGAUGAAGAGGAAGGAAAUGAUGAUGAUGAUGAUGAUGAUGAUGAAUAUGAUGAUAAUGAUUCUGAUGAAGAGGAAGAAUUAGAUUCUGAUGAACUUGAAGAAGAGAAGAAUAUGAUUAAUCUUAUUAAGUUAUUAAAGGGAUAUCAAAACUUUGAUUCUAUCAAUACUGAAUUACAAACCUCCCGACAAGAUAUUGAAAGUUUAAUUGAUAGUUUAGGAUCAUAUAGUGUUGUAAAUAGUUAA